AGAGUGGAUACCAAAAGGAUAUAACCCAUCCCUGAAGAAUACACCGCAGAGAGAAGAGAGUGUAUGAAGAGGAGGGAGCAGAUAAAACAAUUAAGGGAUGACAGAGCCAAAGAGAUGAUGAUCCUCCAGCUGAAGGAAUGUGUGGAAAUCCUGAUCUUUAACCAGCGUACCUAAGACAAGGGACCAACCCGACCAAACCAAAGUACUUCAUACCAAAGCAACCAAGACCGAACAGGGCCAAACUAAACCAAAGCUCUGUGAAGCCUGAGUCCAUCAGCUGCUGACUAUUCUAUACUGUCAAGAUGAAGCUGGAAAGCACACUGGGAGACAUGAGCAGGUGGAGGGAGGUGGACUUCGUCCUCAACUGCACCUACAUUGUGCCAGACCAAGUGUCGGACCCCAGUUUCAGCUUGCCCAAAGCCAUGACAUCCAUCCCACGUAACCUCACCUUCGAAUACAGCACAGACAAUGAGGUGAUGGGCGUCUUCAGCAAAGAGUACAUCCCUCAGGGGACUCGGUUUGGCCCUCUGCAAGGGGUCAUCUACACCAAAGACAACGUUCCCAAACAGGCCAACAGGAAAUACUUUUGGCGGAUUUACAGCAAUGAGCAGCUCCAAAACUUUAUUGAUGGCUAUGACGUCCACAGGAGCAACUGGAUGCGCUACGUCAACCCGGCCCGGUCUCUGGCCGAACAGAACCUGGUGGCGUGCCAGAACGGCCGGGACAUCUACUUCUACACCAUUAGACCGGUGGAGCCCAAUCAGGAGCUGCUGGUCUGGUACAGCCAGGAGUUUGCCCAGAGGCUCUGCAGCCAGCAAGUCGACAUGAAACUGAAAUACACAAACUCUGAUGAAGAGCGAGAGCCGGAGUGCCCCAAACAGCACCUACCUCAGACGACAUGGCUCACAGACAGAACCAAGGAGGAGGUGAAAGAAGAGAGGGAUGAGGAUGGAGAGGAGAACAUUGACGUGGAGAUGUUGGAAAGAGACACGCCUCCCGACACGCCUGAUAACCAGAUCAUGGACUUCAGCAAAAAGGUGGAGAAGGAGUCGAGCGUCAGGGAUACGGAAGACCGGCACACGAUUCCACCCCCUGAGCCCCAACACGGAGAGAGAGGCCUGGGCUCAAAUCACCGGUACUCACUGGAUCCCCAGCCUGCAGAGCAACGACACCUCCCGCUUCACCUCCACGGCCUCUACAGGGAAGGUGUUUCAUCCUACCCUAUUUACCCCCAAUCCACACCCAUGGAGCCCAAUUACCAGCUCCUACCUCCCUACGGUGCACACUAUCCUCGCCUCCUCCUCCCCUCGUACUCUCCUCCCUUCCCUGGAAUGUUGCCCUCACGAGGAUACCUCCGAUACAACAGCUACCUGAGCACCGACGGCCUUCCGUACCCUCCCAUCGGCCAGGCUAACUUGGUGCCAGUGUCCCUCCCGUACCCGCAGCCUUCACAGGGAAGUCUGAAAGAACUCAAAGCAAACGUGUCGCCGCCACGAGGCGCACCAGCCACGCCGGAGCUCUCCCCCCUCCCCAAAGCAGACAGUCAGCAUCGGUCCACCGAGCAGGCCCCCUCCGGUUUUGAGGAAGCCAUGAACCUAAGCCUGGAUACGAUCAAAAGCAAAGCAGCGACACGCAAUGGCCCCGGCCACAAAUCGCUGCCAUAUCCGCUGCAGAAGCAGAACGGAAAGAUCAAGUAUGAAUGUAAUAUCUGCUCAAAGACUUUCGGACAGCUGUCAAACCUCAAGGUCCACCUCCGAGUGCACAGUGGCGAGAGGCCGUUCCAGUGUAACCUUUGUAAAAAGAGCUUCACUCAGCUGGCACACCUCCAGAAACAUCACCUGGUCCACACGGGGGAGAAGCCACACGAAUGUCAGGUGUGUCACAAACGCUUCAGUAGCACCAGCAACUUGAAAACGCACCUCCGCCUCCACUCUGGAGAGAAACCCUACCAGUGCAAGCUGUGCAACACCAAGUUCACCCAGUACAUCCACCUCAAACUGCACCGCCGCCUCCACAGCAGCCGCGAUCGCCCCUACCGCUGCCAGCUCUGCGCCCAGGCCUUCUUCCACCGCUUUUCCCUGCGCAUCCACCAGUGCAGCUGCUGCGCGGCCGAGUCCCGCGCGCCCGUCGACGCGCACAUGAAGCAGACGGUGGAGCGAUUCGACGCCAGCCAAGAGGCUGACAUGCUCACGGAGGCGGCGUCGGCGCCGCAGGUGGAGGAGGCGGUGGAGCGCUGGCUGGAUCGCACCUUGGAGGGCGAGGGAAAGGAGGACCAGGAGGAGGCAACCCUGCUGCUGAAAGCCCUGGCGGCAGCCAUCAAGUCGACAGCGACGCCGGCGGCCCAGGCGGCGACCGCCGCGUCGCAUCACAGCCCUCCGCUGGCCUAUCAGGAGAGAGCCAGCGUUGUUCACCUCCACCACCGGCCAACGGUGAAGGCGGAAGGACAGUGAGAAGGAACCCGAGAGAGGAAGGCGUAUUGAAAAGGACAUACAGCAUACCACAAACCAAGAAAACAGAUGUUUCGCCAAAUAAAACUCCCCAAAUGCUCUGAUAAUCUAACAAGCGCAGCACCAAAACAAGAGCAUUCCAAAGACUGGGCGAGGGUAUUCACUCCUUGUGCUUCCUCCCAAAACUCAAACUGUGAAAUGUUGAAGACUCUUUUCACUCAGGUAGAGAAUCGUUUGCUUUUUUUGUGCUUUAACUUAUUACUUUUCUUGACAUUUGAGUCGUCUUUAUUUAUUUAGUUUGAGCUAGUUUUUUUUCUACAGUUAGUGUUUUUUCUGUGUUGACACUUGUAGAGAUUUGAUCUCUUAGGGAAACCACAAAUGGACUCAGGAACAAUGGUGGCAACGACCCUGCGGAAGAGUCUUCCUUUGUUAAAUGGUUCGUCUUUGUCUGAAGACGCGUUUGAGCGAACGACAGGGUGAAAGUGGCACAAACCACAUUUCUUGUCUUUAACGAUUUGCCACUAUUUUAUUUAUUUAUGAUUAAAAAAGGGAAAAAAAUCAGGUCUGUUAAAAUUGUGUGUUGAUAAGCAAUCGCCAAAACUACAAUCAAAGAACGUGAAUGUUCAACCGAUAACAUUAUAUGUGAAGAAAGAGGUUAAGAAGAAAGAGCAUAACCCCUUUUUUCUUGAUUGUCCAGCAACUUCUCGCAGUUCAUUUUGAUAUCAAAGAAUCAAAAAGGCACAACGUACUGAACCAAACCAAAUACCACCAGAAGAAACCAAACUACAUAUUCAAUGUGAUCGCAGUAUGUUCAUGAAGAAUGUACACUGUCUUUCUUACUGCAGCGCGUUAUGUCCCUGAUGACUAAGAAGGUGGAUCGCUGUGUUGCUUUUCACUGGAUUCUAAUAUUUCAGAUAAUUCCUACACGCGAUGCUUUAGUGGGAAAAGUUUUGGACGAGCAACACAGGGCCAACUUUAAUAUUUUUGUCGCUUGGCAAUGGAAAAUAGUUCAACCUGUUUUCUUUUGGUUAGGCAGGUACUAUUCUUGAAAAUUGUACUACUGAGUCAAUGAUCUACUUCUUUCAUGAUUUGUGUAGCGUUUUUUUUUUUACUUGGUACAAUAUGUUUGUCUAUGUAGUUUAUUUUUGCAAACAAGUGAUGAGAUGUUAAGAAUUUAUAUGUGAGAGACUAUUUUGAUGAUACUUUUAUAUUUACAUGAUGUAGCAUAUUAAAGAUAUUGUUUCUAUACAUGCUGUUUUUGUGCGGGUUUCUAUUCCUGUGUAAGAUUUGGGGAACAAUGCAGUAACA